CUGACACAACAUGGAAGAACCAUUCACUGUGAGUUCCUUGAAAAAGCUAGCAGCUAUUCCUGACCACACAGAUAUUUCCUUGAGCCCAGAGGAGCGUGUCCGUGCCUUAAGCAAACUUGGCUGUAACAUCACAAUAAAUGAAGACAUUACACCCCGACGCUACUUUAGAUCUGGAGUGGAGAUGGAGCGCAUGGCUUCUGUCUAUCUACAAGAGGGAAAUCUUGAAAAUGCCUUUGUUCUCUACAAUAAAUUUAUAACUUUAUUUGUAGAAAAGCUGCCAUGUCAUCGGGACUACCAGCAAUGUGCAGUUCCGGAGAAACAGGAUAUUAUGAAGAAACUAAAGGAUAUAGCAUUUCCAAGGACUGAUGAAUUGAAGAAAGAGUUGUUAAAGAAAUACAAUGCAGAAUACCAGGAAUAUAUGCAAGAUAAGAACAAAUGCACAGCAGAGUUACUAAAGAAACUAGAGCAACAGAAAUUGAUUGAGGCAGAAAAGAAGCGGAUUGCACAGAUCCGUCAACAGCAACUGGAAACAGAACAGUUUCAUUUCUUUGAAGAUCAGUUAAAAAAACAAGAAUUAGCUCGUGGUCAGAAAACUAAGAAUAAUUCAGUUACAUCAGAGCCAGCUGAUGGGAACACCUUGUCAUCUGUUGCACACCUGAACAAUUCUUUCCCCAAAAUAAUAGCAAACAAGAGUGAUGCUUCUGCUAGUCAAUCUCCUCCAAUCAGUCGGGCCUUAAAGCCAGCUGCUACCUUAAGUGCUGUUCAGAAUGCUGCUGCUGAAGGACUGCGAAAUGUGGUUCUACCCAGUGAUCUUUGUCACAGGUUUUUGCUGCUCGCAGAUGCAAAUACAGCAAGAGGAAUAGAGACAUGUGGCAUUCUCUGUGGAAAACUGACUCAUAAUGAAUUCACUAUCACUCAUGUAAUCGUACCAAAACAAUCUGCAGGACCAGACUAUUGUGACAUGGAGAAUGUGGAAGAGCUAUUCGGUGUUCAAGACCAACAUGAUCUUCUCACCCUGGGAUGGAUCCAUUCCCAUCCUACCCAGACUGCGUUCUUAUCCAGUGUUGAUCUUCAUACACAUUGUUCUUAUCAGCUGAUGCUGCCAGAAGCCAUUGCAAUUGUUUGUUCACCAAAACAUAAUGAGAUGGGAAUCUUCAGACUUACUAAUGCUGGCAUGUUGGAAGUUUCUGCUUGUAAGAAGAAGGGCUUUCACCCUCAUACCAAGGAUCCUAGGCUAUUUAAUAUCUGCAAACAUGUCACUGAAAAAGAGAUAAAAAUAACUGUGCUGGAUCUGAGGUGAUAAAGAUAGAAGAAUGCCUUCGGUAAAACAUAAGGCCAAAGGAA